AUCUAGAAUAUAUGAAAGUUUCAUUUUUAAAAAUAAUUUACAAUAAAAAAAUGAACUUUUUCAUGAUAUUCUAAUUAUAUGACCAGCACCUGUACUGCCUUCAUUAACACAAAAUUGGUUUCAUUUGAAAGCUUAGGGUCUUAUCUUUACAAUGCAUGUAGCCAACUCGAUUAACUCCUAAGUAGUGCUGAGUUAUUUGCUAAUAAAUAGAAAAAAAUUCUCACGAUUAAAAUGAGCCCAAAAUCAACAUAAUCCCUUGCACUAAUCACAAGAUAUUCCUCGUGGAGGAACAAUUUUAAAAAUGCUCAGACGGCAUAACAAAAAGGCAACCUUGGUUCCAAAUGCUGUAACUUUUAAUUACUUUAUGCUAUCAUUAGUGAAGGGUAGUUUGACUUCACUUCAAAAGUUAAAUUAAUGCGCCAUUAGAUGGCGGCAAAGUUUGUUUUUAUGAGUGAGUCACAAGGACUUUUAUAUUGAAAGGAACUGAAACCAGGUUGUAAACAAGGACGUUUUUAUUUUUUUACUUUAAACAACCAUAAGACGCAACCGACAAAUGCAUUGACUAACGCUGUCAUGGGAAAUUCUGUUAACUGUUAAUAGGACAAAUACAAAAAUAUCGUUUUCCUCAGUGGACAUUCAAACUGAUUUUGGAAAUAAGAUUGACCUGAAGAAUAUCAGCAUGCAGAAGACUCUUUCCUCAUCUAUCAGAGGUGGAUGUGAUAUCUGAGAGAGACAUUAAAGAACAUAUAUCAUGGCUGUGGCCGGAUGUCCGGAUUAUUUUCUACACCAUCCAAAUUACCAGCAGGAUAAUGUAGAACGAGCUGCCAAUCACAGACAGGCAGAUCUGAUUGGACCAAGUUUUCAGCAGUCAACCAAUCGGAAUUCACCCAGCCAUCAAGAGGAUGACGUGGAUCUAGAAGCUCUAGUGAAUGACAUGAACUCUUCCUUUGAGAGUCUGUACACUUCUGUGCAGACUGAAUCCACUCCACUUCUGCUCAAUGGCCAGCCGCACCGACCUGCCGCUUGUCACACACAUGCUCAGGCCACCUCCCCACACCAGAGACUCCAGCGGUCCCAGCCUAUGCACAUCCUCGCUGUCAGAAGGCUUCAGGAAGAGGAGCAACAGUACCGAACGUCCUCUUUACCUGCCAUCCCCAAUCCUUUUCCUGAGCUCUGCAGCCCUGCGAGUUCCCCUACACUCAGCUCUGGCUCCUUACCUCAGUGUCAGCCCUCAGGCAAAUAUAUCAUAAAAAUCUUCAGCGAGGACGGGAUGGGAAAGGUGGUGGAGAUCCCAGCCGACAUGACGGCACGAGACUUGUGCCAGUUUCUCGUCUAUAAAAACCAUUGUGUGGACGAUAACAGUUGGGCGCUUGUGGAGCAUCAUCCAGCCCUGGGACUCGAAAGAUGUUUAGAAGACCAUGAACUGGUUGUCCAAGUGCAGACAUCAAUGACCAGUGAAAGUAAAUUUCUCUUCAGGAAGAACUAUGCCAAAUAUGAAUUCUUUAAAAAUCCUUUGAACUUCUUCCCAGAGCAAAUGGUUGCCUGGUGUCAGGAGGCCAAUGGGACCAUCCCCCCAUCUCAGCUCUUGCAGAACUUCUUAAACUCCAGCAGUUGUCCUGAGAUCCAGGGAUAUUUGUAUGUGAAAGAGAUGGGCAGGAAAUCAUGGAAGAAACUGUAUGUGUUUUUAAGACGGUCAGGAUUGUACUUCUCAACAAAAGGAACAUCAAAGGAGCCCAGGCAUUUACAGCUACUAGCAGACCUGGAUGACAGCAAUGUCUUUACAGUAAUAACAGGGAGAAAGCUGCACAAUGCACCGACUGACUUUGAAUUCUGCAUAAAACCUAACAAAGUAAGGAAUGAAGUGAAAGAACUGAGGAUGUUGUGUGCAGAGGAUGAGCAGAGCAGAACAUGCUGGAUGACGGCCUUCAGACUCUUUAAGUAUGGAAUUUUACUCUAUCAAAAUUACAAGAUCCCCCAACAGCGAAAAACGUUGCUUUCACACUUCUCAGCGCCUGUGAGGAGUGUCUCAGAGAACUCUCUGGUUGCCAUGGAUUUCUCAGGGAGGAUAGGCAGAGUGAUUGACAAUCCUGUGGAGGCUCAAAGUGCUGCCAUGGAGGAGGGACAUGCCUGGAGAAAGAGAAGUCAGCGUAUGAAUAUCCUAGGAAGUCCCAGCCCAUUACACCCCUCAUCAUUAAGUGGAGUUAUCCACAGAACUCAGCUGUGGUUUCAUGGUCGUAUUUCACGAGAGGAGUCCCACAAGAUGAUCCAUCAGCAGGGGAGAGUGGAUGGAAUGUUUCUCUUGAGGGACAGCCAGAGCAAUCCUAAGGCGUUUGUACUUACACUGUGUCACCAUCAGAAAAUCAAACAUUUCCAGAUUUUACCGUGUGAAGAAGACGGUCAAAUGUUUUUGAGCCUCGACGAUGGCGCCACUAAAUUCACGGACCUGAUCCAGUUGGUGGAGUUCUACACGCUGAACAGAGGAGUUUUGCCUUGCAAACUUAAACACCCUUGCACCACUGUGGCCUUAUGACCUCCAUAUGCCUGAUUCCGCCUAAAGACACUAAAACACUUAAGACGGCGUGUGCUGUGGUGUAAUGCUGUGCUGCUGGGCUGGAGAAAAGCACACUGCGAGAUCCCCUCUCUGUCAAGGAGAGAGAAAAUCAAAACGACAAACACAAACAGGAACAGCAAGAAAUAAAGGAAAUAAAGCUUGUGUGUUAGCUGCUGAUGAACCUCUCGGACACCUGCACACUCGACCGUGGCCAGAGCAGGUUCUCAGGACAAUCAUCCGGAGGGAGUUUUCAGGAUCCGCGGUCUGAACUGUGCAGAUGCGAUAGUGGUUUGGGAAGAGCAGCAGAACACUCUUAAAAUCGCAUAUUUGAUUUUAUUUUGCACUCAUGAACCAGGAACAAACAAGCUAUGGCAAUUUUUGCUUUCAUAAAUUAAGCAGGUUUGAUUCUACAAUGUCCUGUGAGAUGUGGACAGCCGAUUGGUGGAUUCAGUACUGUGAAAAGACUUCUCCGUUAAAAUUGUGCUUUCUAUCCUUUUCACCUGUAAUCAUUAGAAUAUUUAGACAUACUGUUUUUUUUUUUAUGUGCUCAUCGUCUUGAGCACACAACUCUCAUUGCAUAAAUGCAUUUGGCCUUUUUUUCAUGUUAAACUCUAGUUUAGUUCUUCCCCAUCACAAAACAUAACCUGCAGCACUCUCUACUGGCCAUUCCAAGAAGUAACGUGUCACUCCUUCAAGGAAUAGUUAACCUCAGAAAAUUAAAUUGGGUCAUUUACUUACAAUACUGUUGUACCAAAACCAUAUGACUGUCUUUUCCAUAAACUAUAUUUCAUAGACAGUUCAUAAAGACCACGGCUUUCAGUUUACAAAAAGGACAUCAUGAAAGUAUUAAAUGCGACUCAUCAAGUCUUUUGAAGCCAUAUGACAAUGUCGUAUUCAAGACCAGCUCAUUUUGAGUUCAGGCCGAGACUUGAGUAGGUUGAGUAUGAGUCAAGACCAAGACCUGAAGAGGGCCGAGUCUGAGUCAAGACCAAGUCCAAAUGCUCCCAAGACCAAGAUCAUGAAAAUAUGAGUCUGGUCUUGAUUUUGACUUUCUUCUCCUCCGGCCAAGCUCGUGUCUAGCCUACUUUCGCUUCCAGAGUAAAGAAAUUGUGAUAAUGAUUCUUCAACAAAAAACAAAACAGAAAUGAGUUUGUGAAGAAGGACAUAAAGGUGAAAGAAAUAAUGCCCAAAUUUAGUUUUUGAGUGAACUAUUCCUUUAAACAUGAGUAAACAUGGCCUGACAUCUUCACCACAUCCUUUAGGAACGGUGCCUUGAUUUUUAAGAGUCUGUCGAGUUCAGAGAAGAAUAACCACUAAACCCUCUGCUGGGAACUUCGCCGUAGGUCGCAGUCUAUCAGGAGCUAGAUCAACAAGCUGGAAUCUUUAUAACUGCUGUCAUCUUUAGUCCUAGCUCCAGUCCGUUUUGUUGUUUCUGUUUUUCUCUCCAUGUUUCGAAAGAUUGUUUUGAGGACAGCACACUGUGAAGCCUGGGCUAAGAACACCCACAGAACAGCGGGGUUCAAAUUUCUAAUCUGCCUUGUCCAUGGUACAACGGAUGUGUAAAAAAACAUUUUUCUGUACUUGUGAUGCAAUGUAAAGAAAGAGCCAUGUUUUUAGUAUGUACCUAUAUUGUAUUAAACUAGAUUGUGAGGGCAUAGCCACCAUGUCUCCAAGUUCACCCAGAGACCGUUACAUAGAUAAAUGCAAAUGACGCAAUCAUUUUUAAGUAUUGCUUCAACAGAUUUAUUUAUUUAUCUGGAUUUGAUUACUUGAAAUUUAGUUUCGUUUUUUUCUCAGCGCUGUUCGAUAAUAUUCUUCCACAUUUUUUGUGAAUUUUUCGGACCUCAAUUAACAGGACCCCCUUUCUUGAAACUUUUAACACUAAUUCUUCAUCAGUAUCCCAAUCUAGAACACCAUUUUCACGGAUCGUAUGGUAGACAUACAGUACACUCUGUUCAGUGGGUUGUAUUGUUGUGUUACCUUGCUUUCAAUCCAACAGUGCAACCCUUGAACAGAAUAUUGUACAUAUAUCCCUGACAGCUUUAUUUCCAUUUACGUUAAUUGAACUAUGGCGUCUACACAAUUAAGGUCUAUCCCUAGCAAAUUUCCAUAUUGUUGUGAGUAGUUUUAACUGUCACAAAGUAACAUUAAUCUUUUUUUCAUAGUUCGUAGAUGUAUUCUAAGACAUAUAUAUAUAAUUCAUGUCCAUUCAGUUAAGUAAGGUAUAAUGUACAAUCAGCCGGCUUUUAUCACAAAAAUAAUAAUAAUAAUAAAAUAAAAUAAAAAAAUCUCAAAAAGCUGUUCCUGAAACAAAGGGGUUUAAUUUGCAAUAGUAACUGGCUUACUGUACAUUAUGCCACUUAUUACAAGGUAUUACACGGUAUCUAUAAACUAUUUGAUUGCAUGACAUGGAAGAGAUUGGCCAAUCAGAAUCAAGCUACCAUGUAAUAAGGAUAUGAUAUCAGUUUUUGUAAGAUCAGAUAGUACUUAGAUGAUUAAUGAUUUAUCCACAGAAAUAGACUGCAGGGCUUAAGUCAGCGCUAUUUUUAUUCACUUGAAUGUCUUUCUCAAUGUCAGUUAAGUUAAUUCAAGCCUUGUUUUAGGUUGAGUGUGUGUCAUUGUUGAUUUAGCUGCAGUUUGGGUGGGUCUUACGUUCACCAAAAGACACAAGCACAUAAAUGCAUACACACACAAGCUUUGACAUUAUUGUCUUUAUUUUUCAGGGUUUGAUAAGUGAAGCUAUACAAUCAGCCAGCCAAGGACUAAACUAACUUUCAGUUACGAAGCUGAUUGGUUAACGUAUUCAGCAACCGGUUUCGAUGUACUCUAUUUCAAGUGUAUCAGUAUAUCAGGAUUUUUUUCUGCCUGGUUCAGACAGAUGGAUGUAUUGAGUUGUGACGGUAUAGGUAUUUUUUUUCUUUUUCUCUGAAAUCAUUUAAAGUGAAAGCAUGAUUUUUGGAUUUUGCCAGAGAAGGAAGUUGUAGGUUACCUAAAGACUAGUUCACUAUAUGUUACUGGUGAACUAGGUAGUCUGAGUAUCAUUAGUGUUUAACUUACCUGUCAAUCAGUUAGCCGUUCAGUCUAAAGUGAGCAGAAUGUCUGUUCACAAUCCAAAUAGCUGGGGUAUCCUUUCUGUGUUAACACCGUAUUACAUUACAAUCACAUUGUCCAUACAAAUGUUUUUCAUUUGCAGCAUUGUUUCAUUUUUUAAAUAGAUCAUGUAACAUGCAGCUCAACAGGACACUAUAGUUACACUCCAUUUAUGUACAACUAACUCAAGUUUGUAGAUACCACACUGAAUUUUUGGAUGCAGAAUUUUAUUUUUUAUUUUUUUCUCCACAAAGGCAUAUACAAUGAAGAAACUUGACUUAUUUUAGUGCAUUUUUAUUAUUUGGUUAAGUGUGUAAAUAUUGAAUCUAUUCUAUUUUAUGUUGCUUUGUCAUGCUAAUUGACCUUACAGAAUAUGUUAUGUUUGCAUCGAGCUGACAGGAAACUGGACUUUGAACUCUUUUAGUCAUUGAAGGUCAUUAUUAAGCUAAAUUGCUGUUUUAAAAACUCACUUAUUCUCACAAAUACUCUUAUUAUGAAAACGCUAACAAAUUUAUGCCUUGUAGAUAUUGUAGAAAUGUUUCUUUAAUAUGAAUCAAAGAUGGAAUUUCUUUGCAUUUUCCCCAGUGUUGUUGAAAGGAGCUGGUAGCAGCAUUUGCGAAAUGUGUGAUCUGUUGAGAGUUUAUCAUGAAAGAAAUAAAUGUCAUUUUUAUAUUUAAAAGAAAUGAAUGUAACUGGGUUGCUCAGGGUUGAAGUGGAGGCUGUUUAAAAAUGGUCCUGUGGACCACCAAGACUUCUCUGUAUUUUUCUUUUUAUUAAACUAACGGUGUACUUCUUUUUAUAGAGUCUUUGACCACAUUGUUGUGUUUUUUCUUUUCUCUUUUUUUUCCUUUUUUCUCUCUUGACGAAUCUCUGGCCUUCAAUAUAUUCCAGUUUCGUCUGGAAUGACUGUAGGAUUUGUAUCAUAUAGCUUCCACAGUUUAAUUUUUGGGUGAACUAUCCCUUUCUUAAAAGGAAUAGUUCACCCAAAAAUUUGAAUUCUGUCAUCAUUUACUCACCCUCAAAUCAUUGGACAUUCUGCUAGAUAACUCUUUUUGUGUUCCAUGCAAGAAUAUGGAAUGACACAAAGGUGAAUAAAUAAUGACAGACCUUUAAUUUUUGAGCGAACUGUUGUUUUAAAGCAUAUGUAUAUCAGGUGCCUCAAAACCCCACGGCCCAUCCUCUCUCUCUUCACUAAUGUCGACCUGAGAGGGUGUUCUUUCUCAGGUUAUGGUUACUGAUCGAGGAUUUGUGACCAUUUGUCACAAGUAUAGUUGUGAUGAAAGAGGAGGUCCUGCUUUUUAUUACAGUGUUCAUGUUAUUGCAUUAUACAUAAGUAGUCCUUUCUAAUGAACAACAUGUACUUAAUGUGUAAUUUUGUGGAUCUGAUUUUAAUUCUUGCUCUUGUCAUAGCAACAUAGUAUAACAAAUGUGACGUGUGCACUGUAAUGCAAAGCAGAACUUCUGUGACUUCUUCCACUGCAUAGUUUAUCAGUACCUUUACCCAACAAUUGUUUUUUUUUUUUUAAAUUCAUGCCCAUAAAUGUAAGUAAAAUAGAAAUAAAUAUGGAUCUAUGUAUUUCAGGGAAUGAAACAAACAAACAAAAAUAUGGAUAGAAAAAAAUGUUUCUUCUUUUCAAAUUCUGUACUGAUAAUGUGUUCUGUUUGGUUCUGUAAAUAGCUGAAUGGCUUACAAAUUCUAACUGUAACCUUUUCAGGUAUUUUUGUACAAAUAAGGGACUGAUAUAUUCUGUUUAGAAUAAAGCAUUAAUUCAUUGCAAUA